AAUACGACCUAGUUGUCAAACCAGAGCUGUGGGUGACUCCGGAGAGAUGUACUUCUGCUGGGCUGCGGGAAGCCCUCAGCCUUGUCGACUGGAGGCGGGAACCGGCGUUAAGCUUUUGCAGGCUGCCAGCGGGGAGCGCCAUUCGCUGCUAUUGUUCAGCAACCACAGGGUGCACUCCUUUGGGGACAACAGAUGGGGCCAGCUGGGCCAGAAGAGAGAGCAAAGUACCGAUCAGCCAGAACCAAUUCAGGCACUGGCUAAUAUCCACGUUGACCUGGUGAGCUGUGGGAAGGCACACUCUCUGGCUGUCUGCCACAAAGGAAGAGUCUUUGCUUGGGGAGCUGGUUCUGAUGGGCAGCUGGGGAUUGGAGAAUUUAAGGAAAUAAAUUUUAUGCCCAUGAAAAUAAAAGCUUUGGCGGACAUAAAAAUAAUCCAAGUUUCCUGUGGACACUACCACUCUUUGGCAUUAUCAGAAGAUAGCCAAGUAUUUUCAUGGGGAAAUAACAGUCAAGGUCAGCUGGGCCUGGGGAAGAAGUUCCGUUCUCAAGCCAGCCCACAGAAGGUGAAGUCCCUGGAGGGGAUCCCAUUGGCUCAAGUGGCUGCAGGUGGCACUCACAGCUUUGCUCUGUCUCUCAUGGGGACUUCAUUUGGCUGGGGAAGCAACAGUGCUGGGCAGUUGGCCCUCAGUGAAAAAAAUAUUGAGGUGAAGAUCUACAAGCCUCACUCAAUCGGAGCUCUGAAGAAUCUGGGCGUGGUUUAUAUUAGCUGUGGUCAUGAGCACACUGCAGUGCUUACCCAGGAUGGACAAGUGUUUACAUUUGGAAGCAAUAGCUCUGGACAGAUACAUCAUAGUCCCAGGAGUAACAGAAGAGGCCCACAACUCGUAGAAGGAAUUGGUGGCCAUGUUUCACAGAUAGAGUGUGGAAGUUAUCACACCAUUGCAUAUGUCUACACCACUGGUCAAGUGGUGUCUUUAGGCUGUGGACCAAGUUACACAAGCAACCCAACUCAUCAGAAGGCCCCAGCAGAGAACUCUCACGUUACCUGCCUCCUAUCUGCAGAAGACCUUGUGGAUAUUGAAAUCAAAGACAUUUUUGCUGGAGCAUACACCAACUUUGUGACAACUCGUCGGGUAUUGCAUACUAGGCCCGCAAGUGACUCCAUGAAAAUCCUGCCAGAAAUGAUCCGAAUCAAGCAGAUACUGGUAAAGAAAUGGAGAGCAGCAAAAAACCGGAAAGAGCAUGAAGAAGCCAAAAGAGAAAUCAGUUUGAUAUUUUCAUCUUCUACGUGUUUUACUGCAAGCUUUUUGAAGAAAAGAGAUACUGGAGAGAACAGUUUCAUUGAAGUGGACUUAGAACUGGCAAGGAAUGUCUUCAAGAAGUUAACAGAAGUAAAAUGGAUUUCUUCCUUGAUCACCACAUGUCUUGAGAAGAAUCUGCUCAGUGGCCUACCAUACAAUUCUCCACAUCAAGAAGCUCUAUUGGUUUUUCUUUUGCUCCCAGAAUGUCCUGUGAUGCAGGAUCCUAAGAAUUGGAAAGUCCUGACAGUUGAAUUUGCAAGGGCUAUUUAUAAAAUGAAUCCACAAUCAUUAGCAUUCCUGAAAAAAUGUUGGGCAUCUUUAGAAGUUUCUUCUCUGAACAUACUGGUGGAGAUGCUAAAGAAAGCCAUUGUUUCUCAACUUCAUGAUACAGUUCCAAUGGUGCAGGAUUGCUCUAACCUUAAAGUUCUUUUAGAAGUGAUGAAAGAAGUACAUAAGGCUAACCAUCAACUUCCAGAAAGUGCUUUCAUCAUAAGUGAGCUUCCUGCCAUCUUGAACUUUCCUAGAGAUAACAAUCUGUUGUUUGCAGAAUUUUUCAUCAUUAUUGCUUCCGAUGAUUUUCUGUUUAUCUUUGAUUUGCCAUCCAAAAUUAAACUAAUGCGAUUUAACCUAAAUGCAGAACUGUGGUUUGAAGCCAUGGUACUUCCAGAAACUAUGGGACGCCCAUUCUUUACACUGAGAGUCAAACGAAGUCAUCUGGUUGAAGAUACCAUGCAUCAAUUAAGACAAGCUGAAGUCUCAGAGUUCAAAAAAACACUAACGGUUGAAUUUAUUAAUGAAAUUCGUGCUGAGAGUGGAGGGGUGAGUUCAGAGUUCUUCCACUGUAUAUUUGAAGAGAUGACAGACCCCAAAUAUGAAAUGUUUGUGUAUCCUGAAAAGGGUUCCAAAAUGUGGUUUCCAGUCAAUCCUAAGUUUGAGGAGAAGAACUAUUUUCUAUUUGGGAUCUUAUGUGGGCUCUCCUUAUGCAAUUUAAAGGCUGUCAACCUUCCUUUUCCAUUGGCUUUAUAUAAGAAACUUCUGAACCAAAAGCCAUCUUUGGAAGAUUUAAAAGAACUCAGUCUUCCCUUGGGGAAGAGUUUGCAAGAAGUUCUAAAUUGUGAGGCUGGUGACAUUGAAGAACUUCACAUAUAUUUUUCUAUAUACUGGAAUCAAAAAGACGUUGAUUUAAUUCCAGAUGGCAUCUCUGUACCUGUGAAUGAAACCAACAAGAAAGACUAUGUUUCUAACUGUGUCAAUUACAUUUUUAACAUCUCUAUAAAGACAAUUUAUGAGGAAUUUCAAAGAGGAUUUUACAAAGUGUGUAACUGGCAUAUAAUUAGGCAGUUCCAGCCUGAAGAACUAAUGACAGCAAUAACUGGAAAUGUUAAUUAUGACUGGAAACAAUUUGAAAAUAAUUCACAGUAUCACAAUGGAUAUCACAAAUCACAUCCAACUAUUCUACUGUUUUGGAAAGCUUUCCAUGAAUUAACUUUAGAUGAAAAGAAAAAAUUUCUCUUAUUUCUUACAGGAUGUGACAGGCUACAUGUAAAAGGCCUACACUGGGAAGGAAUAGUAUUCCGUUGUCCUGAAACCUUCACUGAAAAAGAUGACCCAAGAUCAUUGACGUGUCUCAAUAUUCUAGACCUGCCUAAAUAUUCUACAAUGAACAGAAUGAAGGAAGCACUUCAAGUUGCAAUCAACAGUAAUAAGGGAUUUGUCUCAGAGGAAUGAUGCUGAUCACCUCCCAGAAGUUCAGAUGGCCUCAGAAACUAGGUCUUUGAUUUUGGGGUUCUUCUGUUUUUCCUUAAUCUAAUUAGUGCAAGAGGUUACACGAUUUUACUUAAAAUCAGUUGGACAGUUUUUGAGAUAAAUAAGUUAUAAAUUAAUAUUGUAGUUAAACAAAAUUUUGUAAAACAUUUGCUGUAUUCCUUCCUAAACUUGCUAUUUUACAAUGCUUGUUUUGUCUGAAUAUUUUCUGAACAACAAUUAUCACUUAAUAAUAAACUAAAUUUUAAAAUUA